AUGGCCGGCGGCAUUCGCAGACCGCAAUCCGUUCCGGCGGAGAAAAAGGAGGAGAGUCAGAAGAAGCGGUCUCCGAAUCGGCUGAUCGUCGAGGAGGCGAUCAACGACGACAACAGCGUCGUGGCGCUGAACCCAGCGAAGAUGGAGGAGCUGCAGAUCUUCCGAGGAGACACCGUCCUUCUGAAGGGAAAGAUGCGGCAUGACACCGUCUGCGUCGUCCUGGCCGACCAGGACCUCGACGAAGGAAAGAUUCGCCUGAACAAAGUCGUGCGCAAGAACCUCAGAGUGAAGCUCGGAGUUGAGUUGUUGGUGCGUCCGCCUUCUGUGCGGGAUGAGAGGGAUUUGAGAUGUCUUGAUUUGCAGGUGUUGGCUUCCGGUUUUUCUGUAGGCAAUCUUUUCGACAUCUACCUCAAGCCGUAUUUCAUGGAAGCGUAUCGCCCUGUUCGCAAGGGAGAUCUUUUCCUUGUUCGCGGCGGCUUCCGUCCUGUAGAAUUCAAGGAAAGUCUCAAAAUAGUAUAUGUAGAUGUGUGUCUGCGUCUGUGUGCGUUGAACAUGGAUAGGACUGAGAAUCUGUGUCGAGGAACUGCUGAGAAG